UUUCUUAUUUUCUUUAUUACUUGUAGGGUCACAAAGCUCUGAAACGCUCAUCUUUAACUCUUCUCUUUCUCUUCUUACAAGAACUCAAAAACUCAUCCCUCCCUCUCUGAAUAAUGGAUACUCCGAGAAUCCAUGAACCCGAAACUCUCUCUCCAUGCACCACUACAAGAAGCAGGCGGAGCAGCGAUUCAAACUCCCCCGAGUUCGAGUUCUGGAUGGUCCGAAACCCGUCUUUUCCUCAGCCUAAUCUGCUCUCAGCUGAUGAACUGUUUGUUGAUGGUGUUCUUCUUCCUCUUCAUCUCCUCUCACUCAAACCUUCCGACCCACCUGACUCGAACCCCCUUCCGGAUCCUGAACCUCCCAACAAAGAGCCAGGUGACCCGGAGACUGGACCUGGCCCUGGCCCUGGCCCGGAGUUGAUUCAUGUAACGACUGAGUCUGCUAAUGGGUUGUCGAGUUCGAAGCGUUGGACGGACAUUUUCAAGAAAGGUGACAAGAAAGCAGUGGCGAAGAACACGGAAGAUAAUAAAGAUAAAGAGAAAGAGAAGAAGAGAGAGAAGAAGAGUCAAAGUGGGGUGACUUCAGCGGAGUUGAAUAUCAAUAUAUGGCCUUUUUCAAGGAGUAGAUCCGCCGGGAAUGGUAGAACCCGACCCAGAUUGUUUCCCGGAGCUCCAGGGAACCGGAAGGUAAGUAGUGCACCGUGUUCAAGGAGUAAUUCAGCGGGUGAGUCAAAGUCAAGGAAGUGGCCAAGCAGCCCGGGUCGGCCCGGGGUCCAUCUGGGUCGGAGUAGCCCCAUUUGGCAAGUCAAGCGUGGUGGAGGCUCAGGUGGGAAGAGCGCUGAAACUCUUUCUAAAAACAGUGAAAAAGUGGUCAGUAAAAAAGAAGUUAAAAGCAAUAAGCCAAUCGGAAAUGUCAGCAGUGGCAGCGGCAGUAGCAGUAACAGCAAUAAUAAUAAUAAUAAUGGUAAAGUUAGGGUUUUGAAUUUGAAUGUGAAUGUGCCACUGUGUAUUGGGUACCGGCACCAUUUGAGUUGUAGAAGCGACGAAAACAGUGCACUCCGCGUUGCGGGCGUAGCUAAUAACAAGUCAACUAACACCGCCGCCGCCGCCACCCCCACCUCCUCAGGCGGCGCUGGAACUGCUAGCGGCGGCUCCGACGGUGGCCAUGGCCAUGUUACAAAUAACGGCAGUCUGUUCAAUUUCCGCAGCCUCUUCACCAAGAAGGUUUAUUAAAGUUUACUAUUAUUAAUUAAUCAUUAACUACUCUAGUAAUAGUACCCAAGGUUUGAUUUUUUCUUUUUCUUUUUUUUUUCCUUCUUCUUCUUGUUGAUUCUCUUGUGUAAACCAACAGAUAAAUAGACGUAAAAGUUAGGCAUAAAUAUUGUAUGAAAGUUUGUUCGGUUUUUUUUGUAAUAUACCAAAGUUAUUGAUGUUGAAUUUGUAGAUCUCAAUGGAAACAUAAUUAUAUGAAUGGAUGGCCAGUA